UGCGCCUCGUCGCCUCGGCCUCUUCGAGGCCCCCGAUCGAGGCGCUCGCCACCGCGCGCCCUACACGCAUCAAAGGUAAAAAUACACGGCGCGAUAUGGACGCCCUCAACUACGUCGCCGAUAAGUUCAAAGGCGCGACGGAUCGGGCCAUCGACGGCGUGCAGACGGCGCGGGAGGCGGCGGGCCUGAAGCACAGCAAGGAGCGCGUCGAGAAGAUCGCGUUCGCCAUCGAGGACCGGGAGGACGAGACGCGCGUCGCGCGCGAGCCGCAGAACCCGAUCCUGCGCAUGGGCGUGCCGUUCCCGCGCAUGGAGGCGAUCUUCGCCGCGAACUCGGAGCGCCUGCACUGGAACGCGAGCCGCAACGACCCGACCUACGCCGUGGCCGUCCUCGAGCUCCGGGCCGAGGACGACGAGCGGCGCGAGGCCGUCGACUGGGCCGCGAUCGAAGAGCGGGGGCCGGGCGAGGAGUACCGCCGCGUGUCGCGCGCGACGACGGCGGCGGCCGCGCGCGCGCGCGAGGCGCGGCUCCGCGCCGCGCGCGACAACCUGCCGCCGCGGUUCCGCGCGAACCUCGUCGCGGCCUACAACGCGGUGCUCGCGGCCUACGACGACGGCCGGGGCCCGCGCGUUUUGCGAUCCCGCGACGCGGACCGGGUCCUCGCGCGCGUCCACGUCCCCGUCGACGACGCGCUCUCCGCGUCGCUCGCGUGGGUCGACGCGGACGCCGGCGACGGCCACCUGACGCUCGAGGACCUCCUCCUCGCCGUCGCGGAGACGCCCCACGUCCUCGCGCACCUCCGGCGGCGCGAGGCCGCGGGGCCCCUCCGCGGACGCGAGGUGGCCGCCGUGCUAGCUAAGUGGCAUGGAAGUUACGUGGGGAACCCCAUCAUGAAGCGGAAGAAGACCAUGAUGCUCGCCAGGACCGACGGCUCCUUCUCCUGGCGCAUCCGGGACCUGCAGGAGAUGUGCGCGCGGCGCGUCGUCGCGUGCAUCUCGCAGGACGCCGAGGGCUCGUCGCUCCUGGCCCAGCAGCUCUGCUUCGCGCCGGCGUCGGUGCUCGAGGGCCUCUGGGCCUACGCGGCGGAGAGCGACCGCCUGAGCGACGCGCUCGCGCGCGCGGCGCUCGCGCCGGGCUCGGAGGUCUGCUCGCUCGAGCUCGGGUCCGUGCCGCUCGGCGUCACAGAGCGCGGCGUCACGGAGGGCGUGCGCGCGCUGCCGGCGCUCUGCGGGCGCGUCGUCGUCGGCUGGCCGUCCCACUUCGGGGCGACGCUCGCGCGGUGGCUGACGCGCGCGCUCCACGAGCGCGAGCGCGGCGGCGCGGCGGUGACGGCGAUCGAGGUCCGCGCGGCGGGGCUCGGCGGCGGCCAGGGCGGCGUCGUGCCGGCGACGUGGAGCCGCCUCUUCGGCGGGCCGUCCGCGCGGGACGACGACGACGUCGACCGCGGCGGCGGCGGCUUCGGCGACGACGUCGCGCCGCGGUCCGCGCCCUCCGCGCGGUCCGACGCGGGCCGGUCGCGGACGGCGCGCCGGCGGCAGAUGUCGGCGCUCCUCGGCCGCGCGCGCGCCGCGGCCCACGGCGAGGCCGCGAGCCUCGCGGGCGUCGGCGACGGCGAGCUCAAGUCCGUGCUCCGCGCCGUCGACGGCGUCGGCCUCGUCGCCUUCAAGGUCAGCGGCGCGCGCGAGGCCGAGGGAAGGUUCGCCGAUGCUUUAGCCACCUGCGCGCCGACGCUCAGGGAGCUACGAUUCCGCGACGCGCCGGCCGUCAGCGACGGCGCCGCCGCGGCGCUCGCGGCCGCCGUCGCCGCGACGGUCGAGAGCGUCGACUUUUGCGGCACGGGCGCGGGGCCCCGCUUCGCGGACGCGGCGCGCGGCUGCGCGCGCCUGACGCGCCUCAACGUCGACGGCUGCGCCCACUUCGGCGACGAGGCCCUCGGCGGCGUCCUCGGCGGGUGCCCGGGCCUGCGGGACCUGAGCUGCCGGCGGUGCGCGGCGCUCGAGGCCGGGCCAACAUGGUACGCGCUCGCGACGUCCGGCCUCGCGCUGGCGUCCGUGCGCGUCGACCUGCGGCGGCCGGCGCCGCGCGCGGCGCCGGCGGCGCGGCGCGACGCGGCGCUGGCGCUCCUGGCCGCGGACGACGACUUUGGGGACGACGGCGACGACGCGACGACCGACGACGUCUACGACGCGGCGGACGUGGAGCUCGCGCUGGCGGAAUCGCUGGCGGACCUCGCGCCCUUCGACGCGCCCUUCCGGGGGUCGAACCUGCGGAGCCUGCGCGUCGCCCUGGUCGGCCACGCGAGGCGGGAGGUCCGCGACGACUGGUUGGCGGCGCUCGUCGCGAAGGUGCCCGCCUCCGUGUCGGAGUUCGAGGCGCGCGGCGGCUGGGGCGCGGACCUGCCGGCGGCGUCCGCGCCGGCGCUGGGCGACGUCGCGGCGCUCGGGGCGCUGCCGCGGCUCCAGCACGUGUCCGUGACCUGCGGCGACCCGCGCCUGCGGACGUUGAACCUCGCGUCGCCGAGCCUCGCGGCGGCCCACGUCGCGCUGGCCCUGCGCACGUUGGAAGCGACGUUGAAGACCGCGUCCCUCGCGCGCACGGCGCCGCCCGGCGGCGACGGCGACGACGACGACUGCGUGCUGCGGGCCCCGCGCCUCGAGUCGCUCCACGUGUCGCACGUCGUCUUCGGCGAGGUCCUCCUGGAACGGUGCCACCAGCUCGUGGCCCUGAGCCUGGACCGCUGCGUGGUGAAACGCCUCGCGUGCGCGGCGCCGGACCGGCGGCCGCACUGCCCCGUGCUCGCGGAGCUGACGUGCGCGCGGUGCCGCGGCGGCUUCGGCGACCGGGCCCACGCGGAGGCGGCGCCCCGCGACUUCCACGCGCUCCGGCGCCUGCGCGCGCCGACGGACGCCUUCGCGGCGGCCUUCGCGGCCGUGAGCUCGAGCGGCGGCGCCGCGCUCAAGUCGCUGACGCUCGACGAGACGGGCGACGCUCCGGCCGUCGCGCGCGCGCCCGUGCCCGGCGACGCGGGCCUGUCGCUGGGCGCGGCGCUCUGCGGCCGGGCGGCGCGGCGCGCGGCCUAUCUCGGCGCGGCGGCGCCCCACUUGGACGGGCUCGUCGUGCUCGAGCUGGUCGCCGCGCGCGACUUCGGCGCCAAGCACCUCUCGGCGCUGCCCGUCGCGUGCCCGGCGCUGCGGCGCCUGCGGCUCGCGGCCUGCGCGGCGCUCCGGGGCGCGCUCGUCGACGACGGCGCGUUCGCGGCGGCGUCCGCGCGCGAGAGCGACCGCAAGCUCUCCGCGACGUCCGACGGCCACUUCCGGAGCGGGAAACGCGUGAUUCAACGCCACUUCGGCGAGAUGACGCCCGUCAAGGCGGGCCGCGGCGACGACGACGACGACGAGGGCGACCCCCUCUUCGAGCUCGACGACCUCGACGAGGCGCGCGCGCCCCGGGGCAGCGUGCGCUUCAGCGAGGCGGCGUCGACGCCGCUGCGCCAGCCCGCGUUCGACGACGCGGCCCGGCGGCGGCCCCGGUCCGCGCCCUCGAGGACGCCGGACGCUCCACCGCGCGGCACGCCGCCGAACGCGACGCCGCCCUCGUCCGAGCGGCGCCGGUCCAGCGGCAAGGCCGCGAAGGCGUCGCGGUCCGCGACGAAGGAGCGCUUCGACCCCUUGCUCCAAUGCCACGUCGGCUGCCCCGGCCACGAGGACGGCCCCGUCGCCGCGCUGAUGCGGCGCCUCGCGGACACGCGCGGCGCCGAGUACCGGCGCUACGCCAAGGUCGCGUCGACGCUGCCGAGCGACAGGAACAGCGGCCGGGCCGCGUGCGCGCGGUUCCUCGCGGGUCGCUGUUGGAACCGCGACUGCGAGUUCGCGCACGGCUUCUGCGCGAAGGCGCACAAGUCCGAGCGCAAGCUCCGGCCGCUCUUGGAACUGCUCGAGGACGUCGACGAGUUUCGCAGAAGGCGCGGGCUCGCGGCGCCGCCGGGCUCGUCGCCGGGCGGCGCCGCGCGGGACCCCGACGAGUCGCACAGCGACUACGAGUCCGAGGGCGACGCGCGCCUGAGCCGGUCGCCGACGCCGACGUCGGCCCUGUCGUCGUCGCCGGGGAGCUCGCCGGGCAACGCGCGGAGCGACUUCGGGGGGCGGCGCCGGGACCGCGACGACGACGGCGGCCCGGAGCUGCCGCGGAACACGCUCGUCUUCGAGAACCUCGAGGCGCUCGAGCUCGACGCGUGCCACGGCGUCGACGCCUUGGUGCUCGACGCGCCGCGGCUCCUGGCGCUGUGCCUCCCGCGCUGCGACGGUCUACGGCGCCUCGACGCGAACCUGCCGCGGCUGACGCAUCUGGACCUCGGCGGCUGCGCGUCUUUGGAGCCCUUCGCUCUACUCCGGGGCUCGCUCCUGCCCCUGAGCGUCGCGUCGCUCGCCCACUGCGCCCGGCUUCCCGAGCCCUUCCUCCACCGCUUCGUGGACCACUGCCGGCGGCUCACGCACGUCGACAUCUACGGCGCGUCGGCCGCGCCGCCGGGUUCGUCGCCGGGAGCCGCGCGGACGGGCUCCCAGUCAAACAAAAAAACAAAGGCGGGCACGCUCCACGGCGACCCGAGCCGGUGCCGGACCAAGUCCAAGGCGGGCCUCGAGAAGCUCAAGGCCGGCCGGCCCCACCUCGCCAUCGUCAAGACGCGCAAGGAGCACGAGUCCUCCGCGAACGCGACGCGGACCACGCUCGACCUCCGCCCGGGCUAA